UUAAGUAUAUGUUUUGUUUUACUUUUAGAUACAAGUCUCUGCUUCUCAACCAAAUCAAAUCCCUCAGACAGUGACACCCAUCAAAGUUCAGAACACUAUGACCAAGAUAUCCAACUCGUCUCAAAUUGUUCUCCCCAACGCCCCUACCACAAGCGUCGCUGUCAAGUCAUCGCCGGAAGAGCUGUCCUCAUCAGGAAUCGUGGAUGAAAUUCCUCCGGAAGAAAACAUAGACCUUGAAGAACUUGAACAGUUUGCAAAAACUUUCAAAAGAAGGAGAAUAGAACUAGGUUUUACCCAAGGAAAUGUAGGAUUAGCCAUGGGAAAACUGUAUGGCAAUGAUUUCAGUCAAACCACCAUCUUAAGGUUUGAAGCUUUGAACCUGAGCUUUAAGAAUAUGUGCAAGCUCAAACCAUUGCGGAAAUGGCUGAAAGAUGCCGACACAAUGUGUGCCAAUCUGAACACUCCGGUAGGGGGCAGCCCUGGGGGUAAUGGAAACAGUUUGUCCCCAAAGUCCGUGGCCAGGAGAAGAAAGAAGAGGACCAGCAUAGAGACCAAUAUCAGAGUCGCUCUAGAGAAAAGUUUCCAGCAAAACCCCAAAUCUUCCUCGGAAGAAAUUACUUCUGUGGCUGACCAGCUCAAUAUGGAGAAAGAGGUUGUGGUGGCCUCACCCACUAAUCAGCUUACGGUGCCCUCGUCACAGGCCACAGUGACCCUCCCCACCAUCAUCAGCUCAUCCACGGGGGCCACCCUAGUGGCUGCCUCUAUCCCCUCCUCCAUGGGGACCAAUCUGAACUUUAUAAUGGCCAAGUUAUGUUUAGCAGUGGACCCAAAGCAAGGCGUCGUCUUCGUGGCCUCCCAGUCCAACAUUCACGCUGUCCACAACUACAGCAUACAGCAAACCGACUCGUCUGCUUCAUCCACCGUGUUCCAGGGGAAAUCGGACGAUCCAGGGGAAAUAGUCUUUGAUAACCUCUCCAACAACUUGCUCUGGUGCGACUCACGUCUGAACUGGGUUGCCAUGAAACCGGCUUACAGCGGCAAUUCGUCUCUCUACAGAGUACUGAUUCAGGACAACUUGAACAAACCGGAGGGACUCGCUUUGGAUCCCGUGGAUGGGUUCAUGUUCUUUUCUGACAACAACCCAAAUGGCCGCAUCACCAGAGCUUCACUGGAUGGAGAGAACGCCACAGUGAUCGUAUACCGAGGACUGGUUCGCGUCUCUUCUCUUACUGUUGACCCAGACAACAACCUCCUGCUGUGGGCAGACACAAAUGUUCUACAAGUGGUUGAUCCCGGAAAUAGGUUUGUUCGUGGACUCGACAUGCUGUCGGGGGUAUUGGUAUACGAUUCUCCUUUUACCAUGGGAACUCCUACAACUCUUGCUGUUUAUGACACAGAAAAUGUCCCGAGCAUCCUUGACCCCUGCUCCUCAGUACAGUGUGGACAAAUCUGUGUGAACACUCCAUCAGGUCCGGUUAGCUACGAAGGACACGACCUGGCCGAGGACGGAAGAUCUUGUUUAGAGAGGUCUUUGUUUUAUAGUAAAGGUUAUAUAAUAAGCCAUGAAAACACUUUUGAGAUGAUCGAAAUUUCAUCAGUCAAUGGAAUUGUGAAAAGCUCCCCACAGCUGAAAGAAACAGAAGCAAUUAUCCAUUCAUUUGUGGUCAACGCAGACCUUAUUUACUACAUUGACAGCAAGAACAAUGUUUUGAAAGAACUGGAUAUAAAAACCCAGCAAAUCCAAACCCUUACAGCUCUUAGUAAUGGAAAAAUUUUGGACUGGUAUCGGGGUAUCUUGGGUUGGAUCGAUGUUGAAUCCUGGGAAAUUAUUGCAUUCAGUCUGAAUUCAAAAAACAUGACAACAAUUUAUACGGGAUUUCCACCAUUAGAAUCUAUGGCAGUGGAUCCCCAUGAUGGGUUGAACAAUGUUGUUUUUAUCUCACAAAGAAGUAAACCUUCUCAAUACAGGAAGCUAUUUUGGAUAUCUGGUAUGUCACCGUCGACCAUUAUGUGCGGACAGUGGAAUGGUUCGUCACCAAAGUCGCUAUUGACUUCUGCUGAAGUUUUCUCUCAAAGAGGACUCAACUUUGAUGUUACGAAUGACAGGUUGUUCUGGAUUGAUGGAUCUUUGAUAAUGAGUUGUAAAAACAAUGGUUUGGAUCUUCAAACGCACAGUUUAGCAACUGAUGCCAAAGAAUUAUUCUCCUACAAGAAUUUGUUUGUUUGGAUGAACGACAACCAGCUAUAUUUUGGACUUCAAAGCACCAAUAGAUAUUACGGCUAUAUCAAUAUUUUGGGGAAGGCUACACAUGUUGCAAUUUAUGAUUCUCUUCAGCAAAGAAACCUUACAGGUUCUUGUCAAAUUGCAAACGGACGAUGUGAGGAUAUAUGUGUACCAUUGGUGGACGGACGCAUGUGUGACUGCGAUAUUGGACUUCACCUGCAGAACGACUUUCAAACAUGCAAAAACGUGCUUUAUGACGACAAUUUCAUUCUUGCGGCCGACCGAAUCCACGACCGAAUAAUUCAAGUUGACAUCGAGAGUGGUAAUUUGGUAAAAAUACCAGUUAAGGUGGUUGGUGUCACUGGAGUUGCAUAUGAAAAAUCCACCGGCACAAUCUUUUACACAACUUCUAAGGAUUUGUUUUCUGCCAGAGUCGGUUCGAUUUCCCUGCGUGGAGACAGAGACCCCGUGACUUAUGCCACAGGCUUCCAAUAUUCUGAAAGUUUGGCGCUCGAUCACUCCACUGGAAACGUCUUCUUUGCGGCAGUGAUGACACCAGGCCAGGUGACGUCAACAGGCCAGGAUUUCAUCAGAGUUAUUCACCGAAAGUUGCUUCUUCAGAAAACUUUGUUGGAAAAUCUUGAUAGGCCUAGAAGCAUUGCUCUCUUUUCGUCCAAAGGAUUGAUUUUCUGGACAGAAGUGGAAGUGGAACGUAUUGGUAAAGCUUUCAUGGAUGGAACAUCUAAGAAAUAUAUUAUCACAAAUAAAAUUCGCUGGCCAAAUGGUGUAGCUAUAGAUUUUACUGCGGAAAGGCUGUACUGGACUGACGGUUUUAACGAAAUCGUAGAGUCCUCGGAUUUAAACGGUGGGGAUAGGAGAGUUGUAUAUAACGACAAGUAUGCUCAUCUUAGGAGUAUCGCCAUAGAUGAACAGUUUAUAUACUACACAGGAUAUAAUCGUCAACGAAUAAUGAAGGUAGAUAAGACCUCAGAAAGAAGAACCAAAUUCAUGGAUAGUUAUCCCGAACUCAAUGUCCUAGUUGGACUUCAAGUUUAUUCAAACAAUUACACUAUUGACGUAAAUCCUCUAUGUUCGAGAAAUAAUGGACUUUGUAGCACGUUCUGUUUUCCAACACCCACCGGAAGAACGUGUGGUUGUCAAGACAACACAGAACUUCUUUCAGAUCAGAAAACUUGCGAAGGGGUUUCCGUCUGUCCAACAUCCCUGACAAAUUUACAGUUACUGGACUGUGGGGCAUAUUCCGGACAAACAUGUGAAUUUGAAUGCAAGAACGGCCUCCAUAGAACAAACAACAUAUCCUUGAAAUGUAACGCUUUGGGUCUAUGGGAACCAGACCCCGAUUCAAUUUGCAUAGCCAAUACCCCCACUUCCCAGACCUCUAAUGACUCUCUGAUCGCUUGGUUGGGAACAGUUGCUAGUCUUACUCUGGUCGCAGUAAUUAUUAUCAUCGUGUCCUGCAGGAAAAGGAAAAAUUUGAGUGGGGAAGAGUCCGAGCGUCGGUCUAGAGAUACAGCUUCUAUCCCAUCUUCGACCUACCAUCAACAAAACAAUGUGUACAUUACCAACUCGGGGAGGUCAUCAAGUGAAUAUGACAAUUUAGAUGAAAUGAUGCUCAGAUAUUUUAGUUACAUGGAAUUUGACGGGGAGUAUUAUUCGGAAAUCAACAACGUGUUCAACUUUGACAGUACAACUGUUACAAAAGAAAAGGGUAUCAUAUAUGGAGUUGAUAGUCCUCCAUCUUUGGUAACUCUUACCAAAAUAACCCAAUCAAGUGAUGAAGCGCUAAAUUACACAAUAUAUUCUACUGACUUUGGUGUUCGAAGCAUAGCUGUUGACCCGAAAUCGGGAGUUGUUUUUCAAGCAUCUGGCAAUACCAUUUCUUCAAUUCAUAACUACAGUCUUUCAAAUAGUAACAAUUAUCUUACAUCGAUCGAGUUUAAUGGAAAGUCGAAUGAUGUAGGAGAAAUAGCAUUCGAUUACCUUUCGAACAACCUAUUUUGGUGUGACUCGCUUUUAAAUUGGAUUGCUAUGAAACCCGCCUACACCCAUGUGCCACAUAUGUAUAAGGUCGUGGUGCAGGACACCAUACGACGACCAGAGGGGCUUAUUCUGGAUCCUUUAGAUGGAUAUAUGUUCUUUUCGGAUAAAAACCCAAAUUGUCGCAUCACUAGAGCUUCACUUAAUGGUGAUAAUACAACAGUAAUUGUGUACAAAGGCUUGAUAUCUGUACCUACCUUGUCUGUUGACCCUGACAACAAGAUGAUUUACUUUGCCGACACAGUCCGAGACACCAUCGAGGUCUGUGAUUACGAUGGAUCCAACAGAAGAGUAAUACGUAGAACGAACCUCGCUACCAUCAACGCUAUACACUAUUACGAGAGUGCUAUAUACACAGUUGGAAUUCCCAAAAAACAAGUCCGAGGAUUUAACUCGUCUUCAGGAAAAAUGAUGUACAAUGUGGAUUUCACUCUUGGAACACCUUGGACAGUGACUGUCUAUGAUUCAGAAAAUCUACAAAAUUUCUCUAAUCCAUGUUCUUCAAAACAAUGUGAACAGAUCUGUGUGAAUACUCCCGCCGGUCCCGCCUGUUUAUGUUACGAGACAUUUGAUCUGGCACUAGACGGCAUCUCCUGCAAUAAUUUGGUUUUGGACUGGCAUUUGAAUCUUCUGGGAUGGAUCGAUGUUGAAUCGUUUGAAUUGGUCUCAUUCAACCUUAGCUCAGGACAUCUUUCCACUGUUUAUUCAAGUCUUUUCUCUGAAGAAUCGUUUACAGUUGACCCAAACACAGGGUUAUAUUGGUUGGAUGGAUCAUUGAUUAAAAGUUGUUUAAAUAAUGGGUCUGAUAUCGUGACACACAGUCUUGCUACAGAUGCCCAGAAAUUAAUAUCCUUUAAGGAAUACUUUGUUUGGAUGACUGCAAAGGAACUUUACUAUGGAUUGAAGAGUACGAACAUAUUCUAUAAAUCGUUAGACAUGUCGGAGGUUCUACAAAAUAUGUCCAAUUUAGUGGUGUAUGAUCCCUAUUUACAAAACUCCAGAGCAGAAUCCUGCCACGUCUUGAAUGGUCAGUGUGAAGAUAUAUGUAUACCCCAGCAAGAUACACACACGUGCACCUGCGACUUAGGUCUUCAACUACAAAACGACUCGACAUCGUGUGAUAGUACUGUCGUUGACUCCAAUUUCAUUCUUUUGACCGACUUAUCUCACGAUAGAAUAAUCCAAGUCGACAUUGAUACCGGUACAUUGGUCAAACUGCCAUUUGCUGCCAUAGGAGCAACAGGAAUCGCCUAUGAAAAACAGUCCGAUACAAUUUUCUUCACAUCGACUGUGAAUACGUUUACUUCUAAAAUGAUGUCCGUUUCCCUUCACGGAAAAAAAGGCAUUGUAACAUAUGCAACAGGGUUUCACAGCUCAGAGAGCGUUGCAAUUGAUUACUCGACGAGUAACCUUUAUUAUGCUGUUAAAAUCUCCUCAACUUCCUCCGGUCAGGACAUGAUCAGAGUUGUCCAACAUGCAACAUUUCUUGAAAAAACAUUGCUAACCAAUCUGAAACAUCCAAGAGAUAUUGCGCUGUAUCCUUCAAAAGGAUUGAUGUUUUGGGUUGAAGUUGAAAAUCCAAAAAUUGGAAAAGCAGCCAUGGAUGGAACUUCUAAGGAGUCUAUCGUAACAAGCGAUAUUACAUGGCCAAAUGGCAUUGCAAUAGAUUAUACAAGCGAAAGACUUUACUGGACAGAAGGUUAUUUUGAUUGGAUAGAAUCUUCAGACAUAAAUGGUGAAGAUAGAAAAAAAGUGCUGUCGGAUCCUGGCGCUCACCUAAGAAGCAUUUUUGUGGACAGUCAGUUUAUAUACUACACUGGAUACAAUAGGCAGAGAGUCGUAAGAAUCAAUAAAACGUCAGAAGCAGAGGCAAGAGUGAUGAAGAACUACCCAGAACUGGGGGUUAUUGGCAGUGUUAAAGUUUAUACAGACAAUGAUAUCGUAGACGCCAAGGAGUUUACUAACGAAUCUGAUGGAGACCAGAUGCAGAGAGAAGCGGAGGAUACAAUUAAAGCAUACGGAAAAAACCAAUACAUUACCCACCAAGAAAAUGCACCUGAAGAAGAUACAUAUGCCACACUAGAUGAAAUGAACUUCAAAGAUUUGGGUUAUAUGGAGUUCGAUAAACAUUAUGAUCCUGAUGUGUAUGGUGGAUUUGUGUUGGAUGCAGCAGACGAAUAUCUCAGGCCUUCUGCCGAGAGAAAAGAAGUGGAUAAUGACAUUGAUGAAGUAAUUAUGUUCUUUUCUGAUAACCACCCUAAUGGUCGCAUCAGGAAAGCGUCGCUGAACGGAGAGAAUUCAACGGUUAUUGUGUUCAAUGGCAUAGUACACGUUCCAUCCCUUGCUAUUGACACAGAAAAUAAACAAUUGUAUUGGGUAGACAUUGUAAAGGAUACUGCCGAGGUCUGUGAUUACGAUGGUUCUAACAGAAGAGUGAUAAAUGUCCUACAUUUAGUGAGCGAGGAGAAAGGUCUUGUAAGAGGAAUCGAUGCUUUUUCUGGUGUAUACAGUUAUAAUGUAAAUUUUAACCCAGGAAUCCCGACUGCUCUAGCUAUUUUUGACACAGAAAAUCUUCCAAAUCUUCCAGAUCCCUGCUUCUCAAAACAGUGUGGACAAAUCUGUGUGAACACUCCAUCAGGUCCGACCUGUAUAUGCUACGAAGGAUACGACCUGACAGAGGAUGAAAGAUCUUGCAAAGAACGACCCCUGAUGUACAGAAAAGGAAUUUUGAUUAGUACUCACAAUGAGUUUGAAUUUGUCAACAUUGCCUCCAUCAACAACAUUUCCACCGCCUCACAAAGCUUUAAAGACUCAACAGCAAACAUAACAUCGUUUGCCGUUGAUGCUGUCAAAGCAAAGAUAUACUAUAUUGACAAGAACAGCGGUGCGUUAAAACAAAUAGACAUGAGAACUCAGCAAAAAAGUGUGUUGACUAACAUGCGGAGCGGAAAAGGAACAUGUCAGCGCUUUAAUGGUGGGUGCGAGGGGAUAUGUGUUCCUCAACAAGAAGGUUGUAGGUGCGAGUGUGACGUGGGUCUUCAAUUACAAAAUGAUUCACGAACGUGUAACAGCAGCGUCUUUAAAAGCAAUUUCGUACUUGUGACCGAUAGCACACACGACAGAAUCCUUCAAGUUAGCCUUGACACUGGGGAGCUAAACAAAAUACCUAUCAAUGCAACUGGGGCCUCUGGAAUAGCCUUUGAUAAAUCAACACAGACAGUCUUUUUCACAUCCUCAAAAUAUCGAUUUUCCUCAAAAGUGAUGUCUGUUCCACUUCACGGAGAACGUAAAAUAAAAACAUAUGCUGCAGGGUUUCGAUAUUCGGAAAGUGUUGCUCUCGACCAUUCAACAGGAAACAUCUACUUUGCGGCGGUGACAUUACCGGAACCAGAUUCAAUUAGAGUUUUAAAUCAAGAGACGUUAGAACAGAAAACAUUGCUCACCGGUGUCCAGGGCCCAAGAAGUAUCGCGCUUUAUUCUUCAAAAGGGCGAGUAUUGAAGAUCCAUAAAACUACAGGAGCUAGAGUACCAUUCAUGGAGAACAAUCCAGUGCUCGGAAUACUAAGUGGCAUAUUUGUAUCCAUGGAAAACGAUACAACGGACGUUCAUUCACUCUGUGCGGAAAAUAACGGAUUAUGCAGCACCUUUUGCCUUCCGACACCAACAGGAAGAACUUGUGGCUGUCCAGACAACGUAGAACUUCUACCUGACCAGAAAACCUGCAAAGGAGUUAACGUUUGUCCGUCCUCAUUUUCCAAACUACAUCUCCUUAACUGUCCACCAUAUUUGGGUGAAUCAUGUGACUUUGAGUGUAAUCCCGGAUUCAAGAAAGUGUCUAACUCAUCUGUAAGGUGCAGUGCACUUGGUCAGUGGAAACCAGACAUAGAAACACUAUGUAUAGGUAAUAAGAACCAUGAAGCUUCGGAUAUGUUGAUUGUUGGUCUGACCUCCGGUGUAGGAGUUGUUAUUUUGAUUACAACACUAAGCUGCGUUUUCUGCUUGUAUUGGAGGAAUAAAAAGAAUCAGUAA